AUGGAAACUCUUCAGGAGAUUGUAAAAGGCGGAAAGAAAGGUGGCUGCACCUCAGGGUCACUGAGGAGCCUCCUGGUGGGCAAAUCUGGCAGCGGAAAAAGUGCCACAGGGAACAGCAUCCUCCAACGACCAGCAUUCGAGUCCAGGCUCAGAAGCCAGUCUGUGACCAGGACCAGCCAGGCAGAGAUGGGCACAUGGGAGGGAAGGAGCAUCCUAGUGGUAGACACGCCCCCCAUCUUUAACUCAAAGGCCCAGGACCAAGACAUGGACAAGGACAUUGGAAACUGCUACCUGAUGUGUGCCCCAGGACCCCAUGUGUUGUUGCUGGUGACCCAGCUGGGACGCUUCACACCUGAAGAUGCCAUGGCUGUCAGGAUGGUGAAGGAGGUCUUUGGGCUGGGGGUCAUGAGGCACAUGAUUGUCCUCUUUACCCGCAAGGAAGACCUGGCAGAUGGGUCCUUGGAAGAGUUUGUGACCCACACUGACAACCGCAGCCUGUGCGGUCUUGUCUGGGAGUGUGGAAGGAGGUACUGUGCCUUCAAUAACAGGGCCUCUGGGGAGGAGCAGCAGGGGCAGCUGGCAGAGCUCAUGACCCUGGUGAGGAGGCUGGAACAGGAGUGUGAGGGCUCCUUCUACAGCAAUGACCUCUUCGUUUGUGCUCAGGUGUUCCUUAGAGGUGGCUACAGUGAGCACCAGGAUCCAUAUGGGUACUACAUGGCCAAGGUGAGGCAGGAGGUGGAGAAACAGAAGCGGAAGCUUAAGGAGCAGGAGGGCAGAUGGGUUUGCCUCCCCAGAGGCAAAAAGUCGGUGGCUUUGCGCUUGGAUUAUUGUGCGUGUUUGGUGUUGUUCAUAUUAAUCUUCUUUAUUAUUUUUUCUUGUAUUUUAUAA